AUGGAACAGCGGAACCGGCUCGGUGCCCUCGGAUACCUGCCGCCUCUGCUGCUGCAUGCCCUGCUGCUCUUCGUGGCCGACGCUACAUUCACAGAAGUCCCCAAAGAUGUGACAGUACGGGAGGGAGACGACAUCGAAAUGCCCUGCGCAUUCCGGGCCAGCGGAGCCACCUCGUAUUCGCUGGAGAUUCAGUGGUGGUACCUCAAAGAGCCACCCCGGGAGCUGCUGCACGAGCUGGCGCUCAGCGUGCCGGGCGCCCGGAGCAAGGUAACAAAUAAGGAUGCAACUAAAAUCAGCACCGUGCGCGUCCAGGGCAAUGACAUCUCACACCGGCUUCGGUUGUCCGCCGUGCGACUGCAAGACGAGGGCGUGUACGAAUGCCGCGUGUCGGACUACAGCGACGACGACACGCAGGAGCACAAGGCCCAGGCGCUGCUGCGCGUGCUCUCGCGCUUCGCGCCGCCCAACAUGCAGGCCGCCGAGGCUGUGUCCCACAUCCAGAGCAGCGGCCCGCGUCGCCACGGCGCCGCCAACGCCAACAACGCGGGCCCCGCGGGCCGCACCACCUCCGAGCCCGUCCGCGGCGACAAAAGCCCGCCGCCCGGGAGCCCUCCAGCCGCCAUCGAUCCCGCAGUCCCCGAGGCCGCGGCAGCCUCCGCGGCCCACACGGCCACCACCACCGUCGCGGCAGCUGCUGCUGCUUCGUCAGCGUCGCCGCCAUCGGGACAGGCGGUCCUGCUGCGCCAGAGGCACGGCUCGGGCACUGGCCGUAGCUCCACCACAGACCCGCUCUUGUCCCUGCUUCUGUUAGCUCUGCAUAAGUUCCUGCACCUGCUGGUGGGACAUUGACAGACAGGGCCAACCCGAGCAUCUCAGAGGCCACACAUGACCUGCCCAGGGCCCUCGGUGAGGACCACAUCGCUGAAUGGACACAGAGAGACUGAGAGACGCAUGAAAAAGUCCACAUGGAAAAUAAAUAAAUCAUAUUUUUGGGGAAGUUACACAAAUGUAGAACACCUAAAAUAAUGCAUCUAGUUUCCAAAUAAUUUGGAGUUUGGCCUAUGCAGUCUGCAUGGGAAUCGAUGAUUUCUCUACUUCAAUGUAGUUUUAUUUUCUACACUUUCCCUCCAAGUCUUCAUUUUGCACGAACUGUUGAGCAGUUAUCUUUAGGAUAAUAUGUACAAAUGUUGGGGUCAAAGCCUUUUGACAAAGCGAAAUAUUUUUAGUAGAUUAUUGUGUUUAGGAUUUUUUUUAUUUACUUUUUUUCUUUGGGGGCUUUUCUUUUUUAUUAAAUUAUUUCUUUUGAGGCAUUUUGAUUAAAAAAAGACAUCUUAUCAUAAUUAAAAUUCACUGUCAAUAAUAUUUAUUUUUAAAUAAAGAUUGGAAACAAGGUCAGACACUUGUUUAUAAAUUGUAUUGUAUAUUGCUGAAGAACAGUUGAAUAAAAAACAACUUUG